CCCUCGGUCCCUGCGCCUCGAUCUUGACGAGGACAUAGCUGGUCUAUAUCCAUCCCCGGAAGGACUCCCCUUUGAGCUCGUAUGUUCGGUUGAAAAGCUAUAAUCUCUAUUCGCGGAUAGUCCGCGACCACAGCAUGCCAUGAACGGAACUCCGCGACUCCGUUCUGCCUUCCCUCAAACGCCGCAGACAACGCAAAGAACUCGAGCUUUUAAGACCCCGCCGUUUCGGCCGGCGCCCCCGGAAUCCGGGAUACGGAAAGCCUCGACAGGACCGCCGGUUACCCACGAUGCAUCUUCGCCGCUUAUCCCAACCGGAGUCGUAGAUGCCCCGUCACAGCGCCUCUAUGUUGUGGCUUUCUACCUCGCGCUUCAUGCAUGGCGAGUCUAUGAGUCUCUGAGUGCCUCCGAUGAUCUGGAUUCCACUUGGCUGUUUCUCAAAUGGGCCUCGAUCGAUGGUGUUUUCCUCUUCGGACUCCAGGCACUACAUAUACCUUGGCUGGAAUGGACCUUUCCGACGACACUAGCUGCGUUUCUUCUUCACGCCGUUGGCAAUGUGUUCUUAAUGUUCCGGAUCCCCGUAGGCUCCCCUAUCCCUCUAUCCACUCGUUCCGUGAACAUCUCACUAAAAUAUCGACCAGAUUCCCGUGGGAGCCUGGUUAUCUGGAAUGAUAAAAAUAGCUUAUGAUAGGGAGCUAUCCAUUUCCGAACGAAGCGUCAAACCCGGAGAUAUCAUUCACAAUGCGUCCCUCAUUUUGGGAAAGCAGAUAGUCCACAUUUUACCGGAGGGAUCUGCUGUGUUAAAUCCGGAUCAAAUCCCGCUGUGUAUCAAUUCGCAUGGACAUGCAGUCAAUCUCCCCAUCCGAAUAAAUCAAACGGAUCCGAUUGCGAUGGAGCUUUUCCGCCUAGAUUUCAACAGCGGGGAAAACGAGACAAUCCCUAUAUCAUCCAAACAGCUGAAGCAGAUGAAGCAGCAGUCGAAGCGCGCAUCCAAAGAUUCACAUCGUGAUCUUCUCUACCCGAUCCGACAGCCUGGUAUUUACCGUCUCAAAAGAGUAGUCGAUGAGUCCAAUCUCGACGUUCACAUGCGUAUAUCCGAUGCGCUUGUUGUUUCAUGUCCUCAAGCGCUGAUCAAAGAUUCUCCCACGCACAAAUGCAAGGGUGAGCUAUCGAACUUGGUGCUUACGGUCGAAGGCACCCCACCCUUGAAAAUCAAGUACAGCAGGCAGGUGAAUCAUCUUGAUCGGGGCUUUUCCUUCCAAAAUAUCCAAUCAGACCAUCUACGUUCGCCUCUCAUAGGUCAGAGGAACUCAGCGGCUUUGUUCAGUUCCCGGGAGAUGGAUGUCUCUUGGGCGCAGUCUCAGGUCAUUGAAGUUCCCCUGAACGAGUCGUUGAACGUUGGAGGAGAAUGGCUCUACUCAAUUGAGGAAGUUCACGACGGUUGUGGGAACGUCGCGAAUUACUCGGCCCUAUUACAUGAAAGCGACCAAUUAACUGCAAACUCUGUGUCUCAAGCGCAUAAUUUUGCAGUCCACGAAAGGCCUCGGUUGUCCUUGCAUGGAUGCAACGAUCAGCAGUUUCUGCAGGUCGCUCGGGGAGAGAGCGUAGACUUGCCUGUCAAUUUUCACACUUCGGGCCAACAGUACGGCCAGGACGGCCCUUUCUCUCUUAUGUACUCUUUCAGAGGCAGAGAGCAGGAGGGUACAGAUGACAUGCCAAGUAAAGUUCACAAGCUGUCCCUCAAAAGUCUUGACCAGAAGCCACAGAUCAAGGACCCGGGCUGGUACAACUUGGAAUACGUUUCUAGUCAUUUUUGCCCUGGAGAAGUGCUGGAGCCGUCAUCUUGCUACUUACACAACCCGCCAGAGCCAGAAGUCGCCGUCAAGUAUGAGAAGAUAUUUGACAAGUGCGCGAACAAUCCGGUUGGCUUAUUGGUUGACCUUGACCUCACUGGGUCGCCACCGUUUCGACUUCGAUAUGUCGUGGAGCACGCGAAGGGUGUUGAGACGAAAUCGCAAAUCAUCGAAGGCCUACGUGCUCAGCUUGAUUUUACGCCAUCCGAAGCCGGCUUUUACCGGUACCGUUUCCUCGAUGUGGCGGAUACGAUUUAUGCGCCUCGGCCCUUGAAGGACAGAACGCCCGUCCUAGAACAAGAUGUCAAGCCUCCGGCUUCUGCUCACUUCCUUGAUUCGAGUGCCGUGCGCAGGGCCUGUUUCGGCGAGCCGGUAGCCGUGGACGUGGCAUUUGUUGGUGAACCGCCAUGGACCUUGCAAUACGAACUUGUGCACAAUGGGAAGAAAACGAAGCAUACAUUGGAGUCCGAGAGUGAAAUCGCCACUAUCAAAACCAAUAAGCUUGUCGGUGGCGGCGAGCAUAGCCUCGUGCUAACAAACGUCAAAGAUCGUUCAAAGUGCAAACGAAGCCUCAGGGAUAGCAUUAGGAUUGACGCCCGCUCAAAGCCCCCACAGGCGUCUUUUGGUGAAAUAGAGAAACGACGAGAUUACUCGGCUCUACAGGGCUCGAGAGUUGAUAUUCCUCUCAGAUUAAGUGGCGAGCGACCGUGGAUCGUCCGAUUCAGAGAAACAAGCAGUGAUUCUGCGGUCUUCGAAAAAACUUUCUGGCAGGAAAACAGCGUUAUGUCGGUCCAUCAAGAAGGACAGUAUGAGCUCGUCGGGGUAACCGACAGUUCCUGCCCCGGAUCCAUCGACCAGGCAGCCAAGACUUUCGGGAUUUCCUGGAUUCCUCGACCGCGCAUCACGGACGUGGAUGGCUCUCCCGUUGGGGUCACCGGCUCUAUUGAGAAGCGAGAUGUUUGCCAGGGCGACGAUGACAGCCUUGAACUCCGUUUGUCAGGAAACCCGCCGUACAACGUUCAGUAUGAGCAACAACGGAAGGCAGGCCGUGGAUCACCUUCUGUGCGUGUGCAGACAUUGAAGACCGCUCUACAUGCAGCCUCUAUGGAAAUGGACACUUCCGAAGCUGGUCUCUACACUUACAAAUUCCGGGAAGUCGGCGAUAGUCUCUACGAUCACGACCCCAAGGCCAGCCCCGUCGUCGUGACCCAAAAGGUGAACCCUCUCCCGUCUGCGCGGUUUGAUGCUCCGGGUCACAUUUAUGGGUUUUGCAAGGAGGACGUUAGCGGCGAGGAGCUAAUCCCCGUAACCCUCGAUGGGGUUCCGCCAUUUUCCCUCGAGAUAUCCAUCAAGCACCAUUCGAAGGCCAAGGCCGAGAUUGUGUCAAUCCCGAGCAUCGGAUCAAACCGACACAAGCUGCCUAUACCGAGACGCCAUCUGGAUUUGGGGCAGCACGUCGUCAGCAUUCACAAGGUGAGGGAUGCACGAGGCUGUCAACGAACCAUUGACUUUGACACGUCGUCGGUGAGAGUCGCCGUGUCUGAUGUUCCCACAAUCAUCCCCCUUGAAUCCAAGGUUGAUUACUGCGUUGGAGAACGAUUGUCCUUCUCGCUUUCCGGUCAUGCUCCAUUCGAUGUGUUCUAUACAUUUGACGGAGCGUCCAGAAAGGCAAACUCCCGGACAACCGAUUUCCGUCGCAUUGCAGAGAGACCAGGCGUGUUCACUAUAACCGCUGUCAGUGACGGCGCAAGUGGGAAAUGUCAGGCCCACAAGAAUAUCACGAAAACUAUUCACGAAAUGCCAAGCGUCCGGAUCAGCCGGGGUCAAACCUCUAUUAUUGACAUACACGAGGGCGGGGAGGCAGAGCUACACUUUGAGUUCUGGGGGACACCGCCGUUUGAGUUUACAUACAUUCGGAGUUCCAACCCUCGAAAAGGCAAGAAGCCAGAGAUUCUGGACAUCAAGCAUGACAUCUCUUACGAACACAAGAAAACUAUUAGGACCUCAGAUGAGGGAACUUAUGAGGUCGUGGCGAUCAAGGACAAAUUUUGCUCCUUCUCUCAGACCCCUAUAGAGAAAUCCGAACGAUGAGAUAUCAGCUCCGGAGGAAGGUAAUGUCAUUAAUGUUCAAAGCUGUUGCUUUAUUUAUGAUCUAGAUAGAUUUCUUUUGGGGGACUCGAUUCCUUCGUUUGUAAUUCAAAAUAUUAUCGUUGCAUUGACAUGGCACCAGGAGUUCGUCUCCCCAGGGAUAAAACAUACUAUACAUUAACCCAAAUGUUGCCCUGUCUCGAUGCUGUCCACCAAGAGGGUGCCCAGGCGGGAAAUCUCGUUUAAGAUAGCAGCACGAUUGAUCACAACAACCUCGUCACCCAGUUGCUCGGAGCCAUCCGACACGCUCGGGGAUGUGGAAUAUGCCAUCUUCAGGUUCCAGGUUUUGGGUUUCAAGGUUUGCGGAUUCCAAAUCCCGGCAAUCACAUCGCCUUGCUCGCCUCCGUAAAAGAAGUGCAGAUGAGGGCUGUAGCAGGAUUGCAGAUCGCGUACGAGGGAUCUCACUGCACCAGCCCUCCGGCUGCCACGGGUAGCGUCUUUCUCUUGUAGAUUCUUAUACUUCGACGGAGCCGAACCACCAUCCGAGACCCCCGGCCGAAGAUUGAGAAUAAAAUCAUAUGGCGCAAGGGAGGUGUGGAAAAUAUCAAAUAUGUUAAGAGCAUAUGAUUUCUCCCGCACCAGCUUCACGGCCGCUUUGGCCAAGGUGGACAUCCGAGCAGCCACGACUUUGGGGGGCAUUUCGUGCUGAGUCCAAGUUACACCCUCCGUGUCAACAUCAGAAGCCACGAAUAGUACAACGGAGUUCAUCGCCGGGUCGACAUUGCGCCAGGCAGCAAAGCGAGUGCGAAUCGUUUCCAUGGUCUCGUUGUCUAGCCCUCCGCUCAGAUCGACCAUGAGAGGCUCCUGUUGCCAGUCCCAGCGAGAAAUCAAAUGAAGGGUUCUCAAAAACCCAACCAUAAUACUGGACGGAGUCUCCCAGGGAAACGGUUGUGUAAAUACUCGCACAGCCAACAACUCAAUGAGCUCUUCGCUGAUGUGACCUGCAAAAAGAUGGCAAUCGAACCAGUGUUUCAGGAGACGAACAGUCGGCGAUAAUAGAGGAAAGCGGGUGCAUAGAGUACGGAUGGCCUGCGUUAGACGAGGGGAGUGGAUGAAUUGACGCUUAUACUCUGACAACGCGUAGGCAAUUUCCUGUUUUGCCUGUGAGCGAGGGCCUUUCUCCUUUAGCUGACGUUCUAAUAGGGUCUGUUCCCGGUCGUGAUGGAUCCGUAAGUGGAAUGUGACCCCAGAUUCGUGAACAAUUUCUAGGAAAGCACUGUUCAAAAUUGGACUUGAUUCGUUCUCCAGUCCCACCCUGCAUGAUGAAGCAGUCCCAGAUGACGAGAGACAGUCUCCGAUCCUGACGAGAAAGGCCAUUUUUGUCAUUUGAAUUGCCACCAGGUCGUCCGGCCAGCGGGUAGAGCUCUCGAACUGGAGAACAACAUCCACCGCCUCUUGUCGUGCACCGGAAACAGCCUGGGCACGAAGAGCUGUGUAUCGCAGAAAGGGACUGGCUGGGGCUAGAUGCCUCACAGUCAAGGGGACUUCAUCCAUGCUUUGAAUAGAUUUCUCCAGGGAACUAAAAGCAUCGGCAAUGGUUUGGAAAGGUGGACUGGAAUACAGCAGUACUCCAUCGCCUUUGUUGCGAAGCUUUUCAUCAUAUUCAUCGCCAAUGUACGUUAACUCACUCUCGAGACAAUCGAAAUGACGUUGUAGAAUGUAUGUCAGGAUCUGGUGCACUAUGGAAGAUGACGACGGUUGGUCGGACCACACCAAACUUUCCCUAAUGCUACCGUCCUUGAAACGUCUCAACUCGGCCUUUUCGCCCCAGAAGGACCGGAACGAGGCUGCCUCUUCUUUUUCUUCUGCGAAUGGGCCAUGAUCUACAACACGUGCAGCAUUAUCGGCAUUCAAUAAUAACCCAACAUGAAGGCUGGCGCCUGCCGCUUUCCGGGAAGCUUUCGCUUCGACAGACCAUGGCUCGACACUGCUGCCAAAAAGAUAGAUGAGAUCCGCUCGAUCAUUGAAAGCCCUUUUCAGCACCUCGUAGAUCGCACGAUGGUUGUGCAGUGCUUGUAAAGCAUUGUUGCUAUUGGCCAAUGGGAGAGUGGCAAUUCGGUCGAACCUGAACAAAGGCUCAUUGACCUUAAAGAUGAAAACUUUCUCAAAAUUGUCAUCACGGGAUUCGUUCAGCAUCUUCAAGGUGUUUCCAGCUUCGCGGCGAAGAAAUUCAUACGACCACGGUGUCAUCUUGUAGAGCACAUUCAGACCCUUCGCACCAUCGUACAGCACAGGUCCGUCGCCAGGGGUUUGAAGAUCUUGGCAAAAUAGCAGUAGGGGUUUUGUCAGGUCUCUCCCCGCAAUGAAUUGGAUAGUCGCUUUGAAAAGUUGAUAGCUGCUGUAGGAUUUGAGAAGGACUGGCUUGCCAUUGGGACCCCCGCCUUCAAACAAGAUAGACAUGAGCGCUGUCCACUCAAAUCCGCCAAAUCCACCAGCCUGAAGCGAGGAACCGAAUCCACGUUGCUGGAGCCAAGUUCGGCCAAGGAUACAACCGUCUCUGAAAGAUUCACAGUUCCGAGCAGCCGAAUAUAGCCCCUUAUGAAACUGUGCCACGGUAGCCUCUGAGCGGAGGGCUGCAUUGUAGAAUGGCGUGGGUUCUUUUUGCUCCGCCGUUUCCGAUGCCCCUUGUCGAAUGUUGUUCUUCAUCGGUAAAGUUCGGGAGAUAGGGAACAAUGUAUCUUCAACUGCCGUGAUGAUGCGAAUUUGUGGCUUUGAAGAUUUCGUAUCUUUGGGUGUCUCCGCAGGCGUAAGUAUGAUCACAGGGCGAAGACUAUCGCCAUCUUGUAGAUCAAAUUUGAUGUCGAGGCCAACACCUUUUGUUUCCUUGAUACCAGCUGCAAGACAAGCAAUGUAGUAGGCCCUCUUUUGGAAGAACCUAUAAUUGGUAUAAUCUUUUUCCUGGAAAAGUUGUUUCGGCAUAGUCACCGCGAGGUCGACUGUCAAAGGCCCUGCCGAUUUCACGCCGGUCCUCAGAGCAAAACUUCCGACAACGUUGACAUUAACUGGCCUGAAAUAUGAAACCGAGUAUUUCGUAUCUCUGCCAGGGCGAGGCUGGGGGUAGGGAACGAUAACGCCAUGAGUGUUGCGCAACUCUUUUUCUGCGUCCAGGGGAGCGUUCGCGGGCCUUUCGGGGAUAUUUUCAAUGAUUUCCUUCAGUUUAUGAAGAGUGUCUUGAAGCCUUGAGACUUGCUUGUCAUAAUUCGGUCUCAAAUCCGCAAGCAGUUCGUCCAAUUGCAACUUGAAAAGGUUGGACUUAUAGAAGCCGCUAGCCAGUGCUACUUCCGCAGAGCGAUCGCCUUUGUUCAUGGUAGAGUUAUCUUCUUUGGAUUUCGAAAACUGAGGAUUCCCGCUUGCUUUUGACGAUGUGCUCAACUUUCUCCGCUUCGGAGAAUGUGACAUCCUGGUGGUAUUGAGCCGGACUGCGGAGCAGUAUUCCAAAGAGUGGUUCGAAAGUAUCAAGCUAGGUCAAGUUGAAUUUUUGGUGGAUUGAAGCACAGUGCACUAAACAUUUGGAUACAAUAGAAGAUUGGGGAUCGUCGUACUUGAAGCUUUUGAUAAAAAAAAAAAAGUGACAAACCUCCGGGAUUUUAUCUCCACGUGAUUCCGAUAGUUCAGGUACUUAGCUGAUAAGUACCUACGCAGGUAUUGUAAUUCAAUUACACUAGCUAGGCUAGAUACAGUAGGUACUGUAC